GCGAGCAGUCCUUCCUUUUCCGGCCGGGGCCGAGUUGGUGAGAGAAGCCAGCGUGAGGGGCUCCUCCGCUAGUCGCCAUCAUGGUGAGCAGGGAAGGGGCCGGGGGCUCUGCCGGAGGUGAGGCUGGGGAGGCAGAGUGGUCGCGGGGAGGCCGCCAUGGCGGGCGGAAAGGAGGAGGAAGAGAAGGAGAAUGGGAAUGAGCCGGGCGGUGCGGAGGGGAGAAGAGGCGUUACAGGCCGGCCGGGCGCCAUUUUGGAGCGGAGAAGCCGCCGCGUGGAGGCCUGGCUGACUCGGGAGGGCAGGCCCAGUGCCCGCUCCUGCGGCUGCCUGGCUCGCUUGUCUUCCUCCCCGCUCGCACCGACCGCGACCUGAGGGAGGCCUUUAGCUAGGAAAGAGGGACGCAGCCUGGAGCCGAUAGCGCUGGGGAUGCGGAGGCCUGGAAGGGAAAUCCCCCCCUUGGCUCCUCGUUUUUCCCUCUCUCCCAUCCACCGCUCAUUGGAUUGAGUGACUUUAAUUUUAAGUCACACAAGGGAAGAGUCAGUGGCCGGCCUAGUCCGGCAUCCUGUUCCCACAGCGGAAAACUCGCGAUCAGUACCCGAGUGCAAGAGACGUGGCCUUCAUCGCUUAAAGAUGCGCGGCAAGGCGGGUCUACAGCAGCAGAAGAGGGUCGUGCUGGGGUCCUAACCAUUCACCACAUUGGCUGGGAUUUGGGGCCCAGCAGUAACUGGAGAGGGGCACAUUCCGCCCCCUCCCGUCUGCUGUAGACAUAUAUACAGUAUUUCUAGUCCCAAGGUGCUUCUGAGCUCCCCAAAGGUGGUGCCGUCUUCGUGAGAGGACUGUUUCAGUAAUGCAUUUUUUUAACUCUGAAAUUUCUGGGUUUUAUAUCAAUUUACAACCACCACCACCCGCUUUUCAGAUGAUAAGUUAUCCUAUGCUUGUAGGAUAGAGUGCAGCAGGUUUCCAUUAAGACCCUGAGUAUUUUGCUGGAAAUUUGCAUUUACCAAGCCAGCAUGUGUAUACUUGGGCUUUCAUUCUAUAUGUGUUUACCUGUGAGUAAACUGCACUAAAUCCAAUAAAUAUGCAUAGAAUUGCUACAUGCUUUCAUUAUAAAUAUGUCAGACAGCAUAUAAAAUUAAUUGCACUGAGUUACAUAUGACACAUUGUAGUUGAAACAGUAAAAUAAGUAUUGCCUAUGUUCCAGUUUUCCCAAAACCUUUCCAUUUUUCUAACUUUCCCAUUGGCCUCAUAAUGUCUAGAAACCAUACACGUAACUUACAAUGAUGUAAAUAUUAAAAUGGUUAAUAGCAACAAUAGUAUAGAGCUUCCAAGUUCAGCUGAUGUUGAGAGUGUUGCAGCUUUCCUAAGACUACUUAGUGAGUUGAGAGCAGAAACAAGAUUUGCACCAGGACUCCAUAGUUCAGUCUCUUUGCUGCUGCUCUACAUUACCUAUUAGAGGCUAAAAGAGUUAGAUUAAUUCAUGCAAAAUGGGCUUAUCAAUGCUGUGUGUUAAAUACCUAUAUUCUUGAUGACUAAAUUGAACAUGUUCAGACAGAAUAUGCCCCUGAAUACCAGUUGCAUGUGGCAGGGCAGGAUAAAAAGUGCAGUAGCUGUUUUUUAACCUUGUUUGUCAGGCUUUCAGAGAUGCAUUUGGCAACUGAGGGAAACUGGAUGCUGAAAUUAUAAUAGAAAACUUUUUUAAAAGAUUAAAAACAAACCACAAAUAGUCUAAAACUACAAAAUGAUUAUAUCAUAAAUAACCUUUAAAAAUCAGAUGAGAAAACAAGAUGAUCCAUGGCAGCUUGACUUUUGUUUGUUCAAAGUAGUAUACGUACUUGGAAUGUGGAGGAAAGUUGCCUACAGACAGUGUCUUCUAUAACUUGCUUGCUUAAGUGGUCAGCAGAUCCAACAGUUUCAUGGCAGUCCAGUAGAAGACCUGAGUAGUGGACAGGAAUUGCAUUGUAUGGACGAUAUAGAGGACUGCAGGUUCUCAAUUCCUGACAUCUGAGAGUCUAAAAAAUAAGCCAAAAUACUUGUAUGUUCAUUCUUUAUUUAACAUAACAAGCAUUUUAUGCUAGGUGCAAGAAUGCAUUACAUUGCGUGAGUGCACAUAUUGCUGUGAUGUUGUAAUUUGCGUCCUAUCCGGUCUUCAGGGGCAGUAGCCUGCUGUCCACUUGCUGUUGCCGUUGAGCUGACGACUUUCUGAAACUGAGCAAUAUUUGUGCUGUCACUGAACUGCAAUAACACCAGUUGCUUGUAUUUGAGAAUUUGCUUCUCUCCCCAUCCCCAGGCUUGUACUCGUCCUUUGGUUUCGGUAUAUUCCGAAAAGGGGGAAGUUUCGGGUAAAAAUGUCACUAUGCCUGCUGUGUUCAAAGCUCCAAUUCGUCCAGAUAUUGUGAACUUCGUUCAUACCAACUUGCGGAAAAACAACAGGCAACCAUAUGCUGUCAGCGAGCUUGCAGGUAAGAGUUGUACCAAUACCACUGGGGAUUGAAAAUUUAACAUACACAUCUUUAAAAAAGCUUUUUGGAUAUAAUUUCUGAAAACCUGACUGAAUAAAAGUCUUGGCUUGUUACUUCAAGUCAGUUUUAAAAGUCAUCCAUAUGGCAUAAAAAUAAAUAUAUACCUUGCUGAAAUGAUGAAAUUCCACUUCAUUGGUCCGUGUUUUUGAGCUCUGUGAUAUCAGUGGAAGUUCUGAUGUUGGCUGUUAACAAUUUCAGGAAAAUGACAUAGAACAUGGUGAUCAGUAAUUAUUUAAUGUCAUGCUGCUUUUCUUUUCAGGUCAUCAGACCAGUGCUGAAUCUUGGGGUACUGGAAGAGCUGUUGCUCGUAUCCCAAGGGUUCGUGGAGGUGGAACUCAUCGAUCUGGCCAGGGUGCUUUUGGCAAUGUAUCCUUGACUCUGGCUGCCCUUUCUGAUUAUGUCCUCAAAAGCAAAGCUAAUCAAUUGAAAUAUAAUGAUUUAUUAACAGCAUUGUGAUAGAAUAUAUUGUGUGUCUAGAAACUAGUUAGGAAUAGAGGGAUCGUACUUGCCAUGAUGUCGUAAUUUGCGCCUUACUCUGUAUACAGUGACAGUUGCCUGCUGUCAUCAGGCUGGUACAGAUGGUUGAUGAUCAGCUAACUCUGAGCAAGACUGAAAGAGGGGGUGGAUCUUCCACAAGAAUAUACUUUGGUUCCAUCCUUUACACUUGACAAAUAGAUGUGUCGUGGAGGUCGCAUGUUUGCCCCAACCAAGACUUGGCGACGCUGGCAUCGUAGGGUGAACGUACCUCAGAAGCGCUAUGCCAUCUGCUCUGCUCUGGCAGCUUCAUCCCUUCCGGCACUUGUUCUGUCCAAAGGCAAGUAUGUUGUUUUAUGUAGGGCCAUUAAUGUACUUAUUAAAUGUGACAUAGUUGUAAUUGUGGGACAGUUUCUAGCCCACGUUUAUAGGAAGCAGAGCACCUUUUACAGAGCAUGUAACUCCAGAUGUUGCAGACCACCAACUCCAGUCGGCCUCAGCCAACACGGCCAGUGGUCAGGAAUGAUGACUUGUAGUCCAACAACUUUUGCAGUUUAACCACCCUGGGAAUAGAAGGUGACUGAUGAGUCUGGAGGACAGUUUAGAGUACUUACGGAGACAUUGGGGUGUUAUAAGUGGGUUUUCAGGUGAACAGGCUUAGAGUGCAGGUUUUUUGCUAUCCUGGUGUUCAUUAAUGAACCCAGACAUUUAGUGGUGCUGGUUGUUUAUUUGCCAUUGUAGUCAGUGUGCACUAAAAUCUAAAAUGUGCUAUCUUAACAGGCCAUCGCAUUGAGGAGAUUCCAGAACUUCCUCUGGUGGUUGAAGACAAAGUCGAGGGCUACAAGAAAACAAAGGAAGCUGUUCUACUGCUUAAGAAGCUGAAGGCCUGGAACGAUAUCAAAAAGGUGUGCUGAGUGUUGACUGCAAAAAUCAGGGGUGGUAGAGGAGUGUGUGUGUGUUUAACUAAUCCAAGAACUUUUUAUAUAUAUAUAUAAAAAGCUUCAUAUAGAUAAAAGCAUUUAGCAAUCUGAUUACUGUUGCUUCUGCAAAAUGAUGAAUUUUUCACUGGUCCGUGUUUCGGAUGAACACUGAUGAUUGUGAAGUUCUGAGUUGCAGAAGCACAGUUGUUAACCCUGAAAGUGGUUACUUGGUUUUUACACAAAAUGUUUGUUUCCACCCAGGUCUAUGCCUCCCAGCGUAUGCGUGCAGGCAAGGGAAAAAUGAGGAACCGCCGUCGCAUCCAGCGCAGGGGACCCUGCAUUAUUUACAACGAGGACAAUGGCAUCAUAAAAGCUUUCAGGAACAUCCCAGGUAGCUUUUGAAUUACUAUGCAAGAUGCAUGAGGGAGGUUGUAGGCUGGAGGGGUGUAAAAAAUGAUGAUAUUCCACUUCAUUGGUCCGUGUUUAUGAAACACAUGAUUUGGUGGAGGUUCUGACUAAAUACCCAGAUUGGGGUGAAUGUUUAGGUGGGAAUAUGGUUAAGAGCCGCAUCGUGUUCCCUUUUAUCUUCUAGGCAGUAAGAAAACAAUUCAUUAAUGAGAAUAGUGAACAUGUGUACUUAAAAUACGUACACUGUGCUCUUAUCUAACAGGGAUUACCCUUCUUGAUGUCAACAAGUUGAACCUUUUAAGACUUGCUCCUGGUGGCCAUGUUGGACGUUUCUGCAUUUGGACUGAAAGUGCUUUCCGCAAGUUGGAUGACUUGUAUGGCACCUGGCGUAAGCCAGCCACCCUGAAGAGUAACUACAAGUAAGCUUGUUUUUAGGUUCUGGUUGGGUUUGCUUAGCCUCACUAGGGGUUAGAAGUGUUAAUUGCCCUACAAAUAAAUUAGGAGUUUCAGGUAUUGUAGUGGGCUUGGUGACUGUUCGGUAUGCUCACUGGAAAAUCCCAUAAUAGUUGCCAUUCCUCCUUAAUGCCUCCUUUUCAGGCUGAAAAACACCUUAUCAAGGAGGAGAGGGUGGCAGACAGUGGAUGGCUCCCACUUCUCCAAGGCAUUGGCUUGGGUGAGGAAGGGCUGUAGGAAAUAGUGGAAAUGGGUUCAAAUCCCAGUUGGGGCAGGGGACGGUAGAAGCAUGGUUGUGCGUGACUGAGGUUGCCCUAUUUGAAUGAGAAAUUGUCACAUUUUGUACUCUGCCAUUUGGAAUUCUGCCCAGGCCUACUUAAUGACAAAUGGAAGGGUGCUCAUGUAAAUACUUGUAAUAUCUAUCAUCAAUAACUAAAAGGAGAUGAAAUGUAUUUGUGUGUGAGAGUUCAGUGCUAAAACUGUAACAUGCCUGUAUUUAAAUGCAGCCUGCCAAUGCACAAGAUGACCAAUACAGAUCUUGGAAGAAUCUUGAAAAGCCCAGAGAUCCAGAAGGCCCUCCGUGCACCAAAGUUAGUGUUUGUUUUAAAUUUUCAACUUAAAAUAGUAGUCCUUAAGUAGUGCUAUAAGUGAGAUACACUGGAUGUUUUCUGGAACACAGAUAAGGGGAAAUGAAGCUUCAAGUGGGAAUUUUAGAUUUGAAUCUUGAAUUUCUGUCAUAUUGUGUAGCAGUAUUUUUCUAGUUGCACACAGAUUCUCUCCCUAGUAUCUGUGUUUGGCAUCCUAACAGAGCUUAGGAAUUCCUUUUUUCCCCCUUCUUCUUUUUGUUGUUGUUGUUGUUGUUGUUGUUGUUGUUAUUGAGCUGUAUAUAAUCUAACCCAUCUGCACUGCAUGAUGGUGAUGACUAGGCUAUAAAUAAAAGGGCUAUGUACUCAUCCAACCACCUUCUGCAGGAAAAAGAUUCACCGCAGAGUUCUUAAGAAGAAUCCACUGAAGAAUUUGAGAGUUAUGAUUAAACUGAAUCCAUAUGCCAAGACUAUGAGACGCAACACCAUUUUGCGCCAUGCUAAGAAUGUAAGUGGGGUAAAAAUUGGAUUGAAAUUAGAUUUCCUGUUUUCAAAGCACUGCGGAGUAUAACCAUCUUAAUUUUUCCCUACAGCACAAGCUCAGAGAAGAGAAAGCAGCAAAGGGCAAAGCAAAGGUUGAGGCUGCAGCUGCAGCUAAAAAGACAGAAAUUGCAGCUAAAAAGAAGGAAACUGCAGCUAAAAAGACGGAAACUGCAGCUAAAAAAAAGGAAACUGCAGCAUAAAUAAGACAAGCAUUGGCACUUCUCUGCUUCAGUGCUGAAAAGGGCUGUACUGUGGAUUACAGUUAAUAAAAAACAAAUCUAUCCAGAG